AUGCAGGAGGAUUGGCCGUCCGGUGAAGCUUCAGUAGUUUCGUCCAACUUUGCCUCGGCACGCUUGGCAAGCCGCCCUCCAUUGGCCGUUCGGGAUGCUCUCGCUAGCGUUCCGGACACUGCUGUGCCUCAAGAGAAGCAGCCCAACCCCGACUGGUUGCCUUCACUCUGCAAGAACCGAGACAUGUUUGCAGAUGAGUCCGGGAGGGAUGGCAGCUCUGCUUUUGGCAGGUCCGGUACCUUCACUGUGGAGAUUCCCCUGCCCUCCUCGAAGCCGGCACAGCUAGGCUUGGACCUGGAUGCGAUCGACCCGAAAGGCCCCAUCAUCGUCAGCGUCAUGCCCGGUGUGCUGAAAGACUUCAACGACUCGAACCCCGCCACGGCGCUCCAAGCCUACGACCGCAUCGAAGCCGUGAACGGCGAGACAGGGGACCCCGCGAAGCUCUACAAGGCCAUGUCAGCCGCCAUGGAGGACUUGACAAAAGGGAAGUUCACGCUGAAGAUCAACCGGCCCCGCACGUUCAGCGCCAGCAUCACGAAGACAGGCGAGCCCCUCGGAACGCAGCUGAACUUCAAAGUCUCCUCAGCUGGGAUCGUGGUGACGCGGGUGUCUUCUGGAGGACUCAUCGCAAAGCACAAUGACACGUGCCUCCUCUAA